AAAAUCUGAAGGUCACUUGGUAGGACGAUUUUUUGAAAACACACGUGACAUGGUUGUCUCCGAUACGUCUUCCGGAGAGUUGUCGAACUUUGACAUAUUAGAUGCAGUCAUAAAAAAGCUGCAAGCAAGAAACAUUACCAAACUAUUUCCAGUACAGUUCAAGACGUAUGAUGCCAUACUUUCCGGUAGAGAUGCAGUUGUUCUUGCAAGGACCGGCACCGGUAAAACUUUGGCAUUUUCCCUUCCAUUGAUCAAUGUGCUGGUUAAAAAACAGAAGACGAUUUCAAAAACGCCAGUCGUUAUUGUUUUGGCCCCCACUCGUGAAUUAGUUACACAGAUUGCAUCAGACUUCGAGUCGAUAUGUGUUAACGGCAUCAAAGUUACUUCAGUCUAUGGAGGCGUUCCUUACAAACCGCAGUGUGAUGCGAUUCGCUCCGGUUGUCAUAUUGUCGUUGGAGCUCCUGGUCGUGUAAUCGAUUUAAUAGACAAAGGCGUUUUGAAGCUGGCUGGUGUACAACAUGUUGUCCUCGAUGAAGUCGAUCGCAUGUUAGACAUGGGUUUUAGCAAAGAUGUUGAAAAAGUUUUGUCCGGCGUAUAUUCAAGUGAUUCGUCAAGGCCAAAACCUCAGACACUUCUUUUCUCAGCCACUAUGCCUUCGUGGGUAUCAUCAAUAGCUAGUAAAUAUCUCUCAGACGAUGUUUUCCAACUUUCUUUGAUAAAUGAGCAAGAAACGAAAACGUCCACAAAUGUGACGCAUUUAGCAUUGCUUUGUCCUUACGAAAGUCGUGCAUCUACUUUAUCCGACGUAAUAAAAGUUUACUGUAAAAGUCGAGAUUCACGGUGCAUUGUGUUUUGUGAACGCAAGAAGGAUGCAGACGAGCUGGCCGCAAGUGAAGUUAUGCCAUCUGAUUGCCAUGUUCUACAUGGCGAUGUCCCUCAAGAUAAGCGGGAGCUGGUCCUUCAAAAAUUUCGCGACGGCAAAUAUCACACUCUACUCACAACUAAUGUAUCUGCACGUGGACUAGAUGUUCCGAGUGUUGAUUUAGUAGUACAGUGUCACCCUCCGCGGGAUUUUGAAGACUACAUUCACCGUUCUGGUCGUACUGGUCGAGCAGAUCGCUGCGGUACUUCCAUAUGCUUCUUCACUUCUAGUGAGCGUGGCAUGUUAUCAAGGAUUGAAAACAUGGCAGGUAUAACGUUUCGUCGAAUUUCCGCUCCUACAAUCCAUGACAUUACCAGUGCAUGGGGAGAAGAAAUAUCACAGACAUUUUUGGCUGUCCCCAAAAGUACUUGGUCAACAUUCAUGCCAAUAGCUCAUUCUGUUGCUAAUCUACUAGCAAAGCAGUCCAAAGGCAAGAAAGUAAAAAAAGAUCCUGGUGAUGACUCUGUUUGUGAUACCAGUGAAAUCAGUGAUCGUAAACCUAAAUCCAGCGAUUUACUUCAUGCUCUGUGUUGUGCAUUGGCUUGUCUUAGUGGCAAGGAUGGAAAGAUUGAAAGCAGAUCAGCUCUGACAGCUCAAUUGGGUCGGACAGCUUACAAGCUGGAAUUAGAUUUCCCUGCUCGAAACAAAGGAUUAGCCUUUUCCACUUUACGGCAACACCUUCCAGAAAAUGUCGUAGAGAGUAUUAAAAAUUUGAGCUUCAUACUUGGAAAAAAAGGAUAUGUGUUCGAUCUACCAUCCGAUCAUGACGAGUUAGUGAAGUCAUCCUGGCCAGAUAAUGCACAAGCCAAACUUUCUUUGCUUACUGAAAUUCCAGAAUUGGAACCUGAAGCUUUUAAUCCGUCUUUCAAUCAGGGGCGCUCAAACUAUCGUGGAACAUGGCAAAAUCGAUCAGAUAACGGAUCCUUCUCAGUUUCGAAACGUUCUUAUAAUAAUGGUUCAUACAGUGGACCUAAAAGUUCUAAAUACAUGAAAUUUGGUGACGACUAAAUAUAGUAAUGUAAUUUGAAACCUUAAGAUUUGACUUUUGUUUUAUCCUUCAUUUUGUUUUGAAAAGAGGAGUUGCGUUAGAAAAUAUUAAGAACUCGUUUUCUGUACAAAGCAUCAAAAAGAACGAGAAACACUGUAUAGACUACUUAUAACUAUGGAAAUGGCGAUUAAACGCAAUAAAUAUAAGAACAGUACAUGCUCACUGUGG